CCACGUGACAGCUCUUUAACUGAGCAUCUGUCCAUGCGACCCAGACGGAUAUUAGGAAAUCCUACGCGAUGUUGAUACGGCUGAAAUCCAUACACGGAUUGUUGAGGAGUUCAACAAGAGCGUAUACUUGUUUUGGUGUACGCGUUAACCGGUUUGUUUGCGGAGAAAAUCACCUUACAUUUCACGGUUCUAUUUCCGCUCAUGCUGGGUUUCAUAGUGGAAGCGGAGAGGUUGUGUCAAGGAAACUGGUGCGAAAUGGGGAAGAGAGACCUUCAGUGAUUUGUAUUGAAGGUAACAUUGCCAGUGGAAAGACAACAUGUUUGGAAUACUUCAGCAAAACCAACAAUAUAGAGGUACUGACUGAACCAGUAUCGAAAUGGAGGAAUGUUCGAGGACACAACCCUCUGGGCUUGAUGUAUCAGGACCCGACUAGAUGGGGCAUCACCUUGCAGACAUACGUGCAGCUUACCAUGCUGGACAGACAUCUGUCACAAAUAUCUGCGCCCAUAAGGAUGAUGGAAAGAUCCAUAUUCAGUGCCAAGUACAUAUUUGUGGAAAAUCUAUACCGAAGUGGGAAGAUGCCAGAGGUGGAUUUUGCGGUCCUCAGUGAGUGGUUUGACUGGAUCACAACGAACAUCGCUCUUCCUGUCGACUUAAUAGUGUACUUGCAGACCACACCAGAGACGUGCUAUGAGAGACUCAGGCAGAGGUGCAGAGAAGAGGAGAAGGUCAUUCCAAUGGAAUACCUGCAGUCUAUCCAUCAGCUAUAUGAAGACUGGUUAAUAAAACAAACCUCAUUCAAAGUACCUGCCCCGGUUCUUGUCAUCCCAGCUGACCAUGACCUCCAGGAGAUGCUCCAACAGUAUGAGGAGAACAAGGAGAAAAUUCUAACAGCACAGAGGACAUGAUUCCAGCAGUGACACUUCAACUUGAGAUGCAAGGGUGUCGUCUUCACGGGUCAUCUGAAAACUGAAUGAUGCUCUGGUGGUUACAGUUCCUGUCCUUUUGCUUUGAUCUGUGCUUCUGCUGUGCAGAAUCGUCUCAACCUAAUGUGCUGGACACCAGCUGGAACUUACAAGACCGAACAACCUUCGAGAACCCAUUGGCAGCAAAAUAAAUUCUACAGCGUCCAUUCCCUAUAAAAAUGAUGGUGCAAAGUGUGCUUUCCACUUACAAAACUAAACUGUGAUCGUUUUAUACAUGCAUGUCUCCAUUAGUACUGUGUCAUAGCUCUGCUUCUGACAGUGCAUCAUACCUGGCUACAGUACAUACUCUGAUAUAGUUUUAGUUUCAGAUUGUGUUCACUGCUCCGGAGAACAGCCAGAGCAGCAUUCCUGAUUAUUGUAUGACUUCCCAGAUAUCAUUGUUUACAACAUACAAAAAGAUGUUCGAUAGUGUCUCUGUUGACAAGGAACCAUGGUGACAUCAGUUGUUACGGUUUUUCUUUUUCUCUAAGCUUGUUAUGAUGUGCACUUGUUAUUGAAGGACCAACAGACACCGGGCACACAUCAAGGUCAAAUAUCCACCUCAAUUGUUAUUAAAGUAAAUGUAAUUUAUUCACAAUAAAAUUGUGUCAAGUUUUAA